CUACACUACUUCAUAAAGCAAGAAGCAGAUAAUUCAGCUCUUCUCGACUUUCGAGUAUCUCCACAUGGCCACAUUUAUGUGUCAGGCCAAAAAUUGGACCGCGAGACUUUAGCUGUAUAUACAUUUACGUGUAUAGCAAGCGAUACGGGACAGCCUAGUGCCUUGUCUGGCUCAGUUCAGGUUCAGAUCCACCUAACGGACGUGAAUGACAAUGCACCAAUCUGGCAGUUUCCUGGAGAUCGAGAUCGAGAAGUGAAUGUCUCUAUUCUUGAGAUGGUUGGUCAUCGAAUAGCUCUGUUGCGGGCAGUAGAUGCUGAUGAAGGCGAAAAUGGACAAGUGGAGUAUAUUCUCAAGCAGAUAAAUCACCAAAGUCUCAGCGCAAGUCGAUCAAGUUUAGCAAAGCCGACCAAUUCGUUUUCUUCCCCUUCUAUGAAUUAUAAUCAAGGAGAAGGCAUGGUGCUAAACAGAACUUCAGCAACUGGGGAAAAACUAGCCGACUCGCUGAAGGAAAGGAGCGGAGAUGAGUCUUAUGUGCCACAGGCCACUGCUGCAAAGCAAAAACAGAGGCAAGGAAUAGGGGACUUCCAAAACUCCUUGAUUCAAUCCCUUGAAUAUGACCUUUCACAGGCUGCUUCAUCCUCAGAUUCUAUCCCGUCGAUUCACGAUGAACAGUCAGCAUUUUCAAAUAUUGGAGAGGAGAUGUUGCCAAGCGACCUUGUAGUGUUUAAUACUAACUCACUUUUUGAGCUUGACCCAACUACCGGAGCUCUUUAUAUUGGCCGAUCGCUUCAUUCCUCCGACGUUGGGUCAGCUAAAUUGAUAAUUGAAGCAAGGGACCGCGGAAAUCCCGUGCGCAGGAACCCUAGAGUUCUGCGAGUAAACCUUCUUCCAUGGAGAAUGUCAACAGAUUCUGGACUUGGCCAGGCAACAUCUGUCAAGAGAACCGGUGGAAUUAUUGAAAGUGGAGGGAAAGAAGGUUCUAUUUUGGGCAACAACGGUGGCCUUCAGAAUUGA